UGGUCGGGUUCUCUCGCUUCUUACCGGACUGACUUCGGAAGCCCGACGUCAACGAGGACGCAGCUUCCGAUGUCACAUUCGACCAACGUCUUGGGCCCCGUGUCGACUACAGCUCGAGUGACACACUGUCAGUCUCAUGUGAGCCUCUAACUUCCGUUCUGGUACAAUCGAGGAAGGUGUGCACUGUACAGCAACCAGUGAAACGCCAGAUGCGCGAAACCUAACCUCAAAGACAAAGGAGAGGCGUUCUCUCGGAGAACCCUGCACGCGAUCCUCGUCACUGCGAAAUAGACCCUCCCUGUCUAUUUCGAGAUCGACCACGAAAAGAAACCUUGACUGAUGGAUACACAAGAGGUUUUCCAUUUUGAGGUUAGGUGGUUUGAAGUUCGGGGCUGAAAUGAGUUUGUGAUUACUGGGGAAGAAUAUAUGACCGACCACGUGACUUGGUAAUGAGGAUUUUUUUAGUGAAAUUUUGGAGUUUUCUUGUGUAUUUGGGGGUUGUGUGUUGUGUACAGUAGAAAAUACUGUAGGGGUUGUGAUUGGUUUGUGCAAAUGUCAAUGUGCAGUUUUUGGAAGGUGAUAUGAAGUUUUUAUAAAAAUAAUGAGAAUAUGGAGCAAAGCUCUGCAUGACCAAAAGGGAAUCGAUAGGAACUCAGUAAUUUUCGAAAGUCGGAGAUCGCGCCUCACCGGAAACCGGGGCUCUCCAUCGUCUCUAAUUGACAGGAAGAGAAAGGAAUAGAAGAGCAAGGAAUAAAGCACACUCCAGAAUUUACGAGCGAUUAGCUGGCCAGCAGGAAGGGUUGGUCGACCUCGUAACGAACGACCUUCGCUUUACUCCCAUUGCUGCUUCGAAAAGUUUAAAUAUCGCGCCACCGCCUUUCCUGCCUUGCCGCUAGAGGGAUGCAGGAAGUUCUCCCGCAAGCGGCAAGUUGAUGAUUGGGAGGAGUGAAAAACAGGAGAAUUUCUGACUCGUCCAGAUGGGUUAAACGAGAGGACCGCCAUGGACGACGCCAUUCUGUGCCAACUGCAAAAUGGCGAUCGCGUCCUCACCGAGCAACAAGUGGCGAUGAGGACUUUAAGGCUGAGACCUCUGAAGUGUGCCAUAAAACGGGAUAAACGGUUCGAGCUUCCCUUCUAACGUAAUCCGUCUUGAAGGUUCGGAAAAGGAGUAAUUGAUUGGAAAGGAGGGAAAAGAGAAGAAAUUAUUGUUAUUAUUUAUUAAGAGUUCGAAGUGUACAGAUGUAAAUUUGUAGAAAGAAGGGAGUUUAAAGGCCGAGUCAAUUAAUCGCCUAAAGCCGCAAAGAAUCGCUGGCGAGAUUUAAGGCGUCAAACGUGAUGAAGAUCCCAGCAGGAGAGGUUGGCGUCCCUCUCUUCGGCGUCGUUGGACCACGAUUUGUCGUCAAGCAGACAACGGUGAAACGCUGUGUUGCAGCCCUUCUCCUGGUCUCCGUAGCCAGUAUAUUUUACUAUACCCACUAUAUCAUCAGCAGCCCUCUCUCCAGUCUGAUCCAUCUAAACACGAGGCCAGAGCCAGCAAUAAGGUGUUCCACCCUCAGAGGAGCGACAAGAUUGCCAGCAGCCCCCGAUCACCGAAGCGAGGCUCGACUUAGAAUAGAUCCCAAAGUUUUAGUCUUCGUUGAAACUCUCUACUCGAGAUUGGGACGGGAAAUCGCCGAGCUUCUAGUUUAUAAUCGAAUCAAAUAUAAAGUGGAAGUGGCCGGAAAGUCAUUGCCAGUGUUGACCAAUCUUGACAAAGGACGCUAUGGGGUGUUGGUUUUCGAAAAUUUGAACAAAUAUCUUCAGAUGGACAAAUGGAAUCGAGAGCUGCUUGAUAAAUAUUGCCGGGAAUAUUCAGUUGGCAUUGUGGGGUUCGCUCCCCCAGGCGAGGAGAGCCUUGUUGGUGCCCAGCUCAAGGGCUUUCCACUUUUCAUACAUACAAAUCUGAGACUGAAGGAUGCCCAGCUAAAUGCAGCAUCGCCCAUUCUGCGAUUAACGAGAGCUGGUGAAACAGCCUGGGGACCACUUCCUGGUGGUGACUGGACGAUUUUUCACCCCAAUCACAGCACCUACGAACCCCUGGCUUGGGCUCAUCGUGACAGUCUCGACUAUCCAACCGAUAAAAGUCCACUUGCCACUGUCAUACAGGACCAUGGGAGAUACGACGGAAUUCAACGUGUCUUGUUUGGCGGCAGUCUUCGGUUUUGGUUACACAAGCUCUUGCUGCUGGACUCGUUAUCAUAUUUGUCUCAUGGACAGUUGAGUUUGAGUUUGAACCGAAUGAUUCUUGUGGAUGUGGAUGAUAUUUUCGUGGGAGAAAAAGGCACCCGGUUAAAAAAGGAUGAUGUCCUGGCGUUGCUAGCUACUCAACAGAGGAUACAAACUCUCGUGCCGGGGUUCAAAUUCAACUUGGGGUUUUCCGGGAAGUAUUUUCAUCACGGAACAUCCGAGGAGAAUCUGGGGGACGACAUGUUGCUCGAGAACGUCGACAGAUUUACGUGGUUUUCCCACAUGUGGAAUCAUCAGCAGCCACACCUUUACGAGAAUGUAACGCAUCUGCAGCUGGACAUGGCGCUGAACAAGCAGUUCGCUAAGGACCACGGAAUUCCAACCGGAAGCGGAUAUAGCGUGAGUCCGCACCACUCGGGAGUCUAUCCCGUCCACGAGGGUCUCUACGAGGCUUGGAAGAAAGUCUGGAACAUUAAAGCAACCAGCACCGAGGAAUAUCCGCACUUGAGACCGGCUCGCCUCAGGCGUGGCUUUAUUCAUCGCAACAUUAUGGUUCUUCCGCGACAGACAUGCGGUUUGUUUACGCAUACGAUAUUUAUCGAAAGAUAUCCGGGUGGCCGCGACAAACUUGAUGAGUCGAUCCAAGGGGGAGAGCUCUUUCAGACUAUUGUCUACAAUCCGAUCAACAUCUUCAUGACUCAUAUGUCGAAUUAUGGAAAUGAUCGACUAGCUCUUUACACCUUUGAAUCGGUUAUUAAAUUUAUCCAAUGUUGGACGAAUCUCAGACUUUCGAGUGCGCCACCUCUCCAACUUGGAGAACGGUAUUUCCAGCUUUAUCCGGAAGAAGCGGAUCCUGUCUGGGGAAAUCCCUGUGAUGAUAUGCGACACCAGAAGAUCUGGUCCAGGAACAAAACCUGCGAUCAGCUGCCAAGAUUUUUGGUAAUUGGGCCUCAAAAGACGGGCACAACUGCUCUUUACACAUUCCUUUCAAUCCAUCCGGCCAUAAGCAGCAACUUACCGAGUCCGGACACCUUCGAGGAAAUUCAAUUUUUCAACGGGAAAAAUUAUUAUAAGGGCCUCGACUGGUACAUGAGCUUCUUCCCAGCGACGAAGAACGAGAGUUCGCGCUACUUGUUCGAAAAGUCAGCGACUUAUUUCGACGGUGAACUCGUGCCGAAAAGAGCACAUGCUCUUUUACCAAAAGCAAAAUUAAUUACAAUUCUGCUUUCUCCGGCGAGGAGAGCCUAUUCGUGGUAUCAACACACAAAAGUUCACGGCGAUCCUGUGGCUAAAAAUUAUUCCUUUCAUUCUGUUAUCACAGCGAGUGAUACCGCACCAAAGCCACUCCGAGAUCUUCGCAACAGGUGUUUAAAUCCCGGGAAGUACGCCCAGCAUUUGGAAAGAUGGCUCUCCAAUUACGCUCCGCAGCAACUUCUCAUAAUCGACGGCGAGCAAUUGCGACAAAAUCCGGUGGAGACUCUGCAUGAGUUGCAGAGGUUUUUGAAAAUAACGCCGGCCUUUAAUUACUCGACGCACCUGAGAUACGAUCCGAAGAAAGGAUUCUUUUGUCAGGUGACGAAUGAGGAUCGGACCAAGUGCCUCGGCAAAAGUAAAGGCCGACAGUAUCCGCCGAUGGAGGAGAGAUCGUACAAAUUAUUGCAGAGGUAUUACCUAUCGCACAACACGGCCUUGCUGAAACUCCUAAAACGCCUAGGACAAAAAACGCCACAGUGGCUAAAGGACGAUCUGACGGAUACCGUGAUGACCUAGCAGACGCCAAUUACGUGAAACUUCUCCCGGGAUCUGUCCAAUGCGACAGUUUCCUCCGAAGUGCCACGUUUUUUCGUCAAAGACUUGUAAUUACAAAACUAGAAAAUAAUUAAUUAAUUAACAAAUUCAAAGAACGGAAUUGUACAUUGAACAUUCGUAACUCUCCACUGGAUAUUUGGAUACCUCGACAAUUGGGACACAUUUCUUCUAAGAGAAGAAGAAGAAAAGAAAAAAAAAUUGACAGGCCUACUCGGUGGACUAUUGGCCUAAAUCGAGGUAUCGAACGUGCCCGAUUGCUAGUCACUAAGUUUUACGAUGGCAGCUUGAAUCAGCAGCUAGCUAUUGUUAUAAGCUAUCUCUAAUGUUAUCAUUAACAUCCAUUUAUUAACUGUUGUUGCGUUCAGUGUCCACGGAUCUCCAGACCAUUUAUCAGCAAUAAUUCCAUUUUUUCGAAUUUUUUUUUUUUUUGUUGAUAUGGUCUAAAUUGUUUCGAGGUCACCCGUCCGCAGGUGCCAUUUUGCUGCAAAAGUUAGACGUGACUUCUAUUUUAAGGGUGGCCGGAUUGCGGAAAGAGGGAAAAUAAUUUUUCGGUGUGAAGACACCACUAUUCAAUAGUGGUGCUUUCACACCGAAAACUAGUUUAAUCAAGUCAACAUUUUUCUGACAGAGAUAAUCAAAAAUGCCGGAAUUUGAAAGCUUCUCUGUUCAUGUACUUAAAAAAAUUUCUAAAUUUUCUUGAUUGAAGUCACGUGAUGGAUUGGGAAAUCGUCCAGGAAUGGCGCAUUUGAAAAUCCACUGUACAUUAUUUCAAAGCAUUGAUGACGAAUGUGUGUAUAUUUUGAUAAUAGUAUUUUGAGAACGAUUGAGAGAAUAAUCAUGGAUGGAAAAUCGCGUUUGUAAAGUGUGUCACGCGUUCAUACAUCGACGCAGCGCAGGUUUGUUAUUUUUCCAAUUUUAACGGAAUCAACUGAUCAAUUUUGGAGCAUCUUUUUUUUUUUAAUGAUUACAUUGGUCAUAUUCUUUAUAGAGAAUUCUUACAAUUUUUUAAUGAUUUUUUUGUUGUUUUUAAUUUAUCUAAAGUUGCAAGAACUAUUCUUUUUUUUUUAAUUUGAAAAGAAAGUCUUAAGUUUUAAGUGAGACUAAAUUAUUUAUAGAUUUUUUUUUUUUUUUUUUAUUUGACGAAUAUGAGAAGAAGUUACUGCCUGAAAAUUUUCAUAUCAGCUGUGACUGCAUCGAGAAGUGACGUGAAAUGUAAGUUACUGUACUUUUUGUAAAAAGAAUUGGAGGGUUGCCAUUGCAUGUAUUUUGCAAUAAGUAUUCCGGCGCAAAAUCGCUGCGCGAAGCCAUAUUGUACGUUACGGAUAGAUUAUAAUGCCGUUUUAUUGUUACGUUUGUACAUUUGUUUUCUUUUUUAUACUGUCAAUCUACAAUAAUAAUAACUGAUCAAUUUGUUUCGUCAAA